CUUUGAGCGCCAGUUUCCAAAGUGUCAACAUCCGAAGCUACUGGCUCAAGUCUACUUUCCAUCGAGGCAGAUUGCGACUUGCCAUAAAAACCGUUUCUCAUAAGUCAUCAAUAUCAGCGACCUGAGCACUUUACAUAGCGGCUCAUAGCGGCUUCUACAUGGGUAAGAAUAUAGGACUUGAAGAUAGGACAUGAAAUCCCAAAUGCAGAGUGAAAGAUCGGCCUAUUAUCCAUGGCACUCCUCUGUGGCGACCUCACCCCCCAAAUAUUCCGAGCCUCUGCCUCACCCCUUCGUCUGCUCACCCCAACUGAGGUUCUUAACCGAACCUGUCGUGCAUGUAAUCUACAGGGAGAGACUCCACAACACCUUUUGUUUCAAUGCCCGUCUCUUACCUCUAUCACUUCUCUCCGAUCUGAGUUCUUCCUGUCCAUUCGACAGUCUCGGCCGCUACUACGCAGCCCAAAUCUUUCGGAUUCCACUGCGCUACACUAUCUCAGGUUAUUAAUUUUCGACUGGAACCUAAUCAUCCCCACUGCUAAGUUCAUCCACGAGGUCGUGACUCUCUGGCAACUCUUUUUAGAUACUGGUUUAGAUGGCUCCUUGGAACAUGUUGAAAGCGAUUAUGAGUCAGAAGAGGAGUGAUUUGCGUCUGUUCUGUUCUAUUCUUUAUGUAUACAACAACUACCCUGUACUAUAUCCCCUUCACUCUAGCUGCAGUCUACCAUCCCAGGUUGGAUGAGCAUUCGCUGCAGCGAAGAUUGCUGGGCCCGGCUGUUCCCUUGUGGGACCCCGUCGACUCGACGGAGCCGCAUAUAUAUCUAUCUAUCUAUC